AAAUCUGUCAACUGUCAACAUUGUCAUGUCAUUUAAAUUCCACAGUCCGGUUUUUUAUAGGUUAGCUUGAACUGAUUCAAAUAAAUUAAUAAAUACUAUUGUACUAAAUAAUUUCGCAUAAAAAUGGAAGUGUCCGAUGAAAAUAUACAAACUUUAAGCAGAUACCUACAAGAGACACUAAAUCCGGACAUAAAUGUUAGAAGACCAGCUGAAAAAUUCCUGGAAGGAGUAGAAGUAAAUCAGAAUUAUCCAUUGCUGUUGUUGAAUUUGGUCCACAAACCGGAAGCAGACAUGACUAUUAGAGUAGCCGGAGCUGUGGCUUUUAAAAAUUAUAUAAAAAGAAAUUGGUUUGUGGAGGAAGAUCAAACGGAUCGUAUACAUGCAACUGAUCGUUUAGCAAUCAAGAAUCUGAUUGUUACGUUAAUGUUGAGUUCUCCAGAAUCUAUUCAGAAGCAGUUAAGUGAUGCUAUAAGCAUAAUCGGAAAAACUGAUUUUCCAUUAAAAUGGCCUGAACUCAUAACUCAAAUGGUAGAAAAAUUUUCCACAGGUGAUUUUAAUGUUAUAAACGGAGUUUUAAGAACAGCACAUUCUCUGUUUAAAAAAUAUAGAUACGAAUUCAAGUCAAACGAGUUAUGGACGGAAAUAAAGUACGUUUUGCAAAAAAUAGCUCAACCUUUAACGGAUCUAUUAGUGGCCACUAUAAAUUUAUCGCAAACCCACACAAACGAUGUGAAUGCUUUGAAAGUAAUCUAUAGCUCUUUGGUGUUGAUUUGCAAAGUAUUCUAUUCGUUGAAUUUCCAAGAUCUCCCGGAAUUUUUCGAGGAUAAUAUUCAGAUUUGGAUGACGAAUUUCCACACUCUUCUCACUGUCGAAGUGCCAAGUUUACAAAAAAAUGACAGUGAUGAAGCUGGUGUAAUAGAACAACUAAAAUCACAAGUUUGUGAUAAUGUAGCUCUAUACGCUCAAAAAUACGACGAAGAGUUUCAACCAUAUUUGCCGCAGUUCGUUACAGACGUUUGGAGCCUUUUAGUUGCAACUGGCUUGCAACCCAAAUACGAUUUGCUCGUUUCGAAUGCUCUACAAUUUCUAUCAUCUGUAGCCGAACGAAAUCAAUACAGACAUUUGUUCGAGGACGACAACGUUUUGAGCAGCAUAUGCGAAAAAGUUAUUAUACCAAAUAUGGAAUUCAGGACAUCCGAUGAGGAAUUAUUCGAAGACAACCCCGAAGAGUAUACAAGAAGAGAUAUCGAAGGUUCUGAUAUUGAUACACGUAGACGAGCCGCUUGUGACUUAGUAAAUACUCUGAGUCAAAACUUUGAAAAGCGUAUAAUUGAAAUUUUCGGUCAAUAUUUACAAGUGAUGUUGGGAAAAUAUACGGAAAAUCCCAAGCAGUUUUGGAGAAGCAAAGAUGCUGCUCUAUAUUUGGUGACUUCAUUGGUUAGUAGAGGGUCUACUCAAAAACACGGUGUAACACAGACCAGCCAACUCGUUAACAUUACGCAAUUUUGUCAACAGCACAUUUUACCAGAAUUGGAACGACCUGAUGUCAACGAACUACCUGUACUGAAAGCGGAUGCCAUAAAAUAUGUAAUGACAUUCAGAUCGGUCUUACCCAGCGAUCUCGUGGUGUCUACCUUACCCCAGUUGAUAAGACAUAUUCCAAGCGAGAGCGCAGUAGUUCACACGUACGCCGCUUGCACUCUAGAGAAGAUUCUUAUUUUAAGAACCAACAAUCAACCGAUCGUUACAGGUGCACAAUUAGAGCCGCUAGCUACUGACCUUCUACGCAAUUUGUUUGGCGUGUUGCAACAGCCAGUUUCCGAAGAAAACGAGUACAUUAUGAAAGCUAUGAUGAGAACGUUCGCGACCUUACAGGAAAGGGUGAUUCCGUUUUUGGGUGUGGCUCUGCCGAAAUUGACAGAAAAAUUGCAGAUGGUGGCAAAGAAUCCCUCCAAACCCCAUUUCAACCAUUAUCUGUUCGAAAGCUUCUCGUUAGCCAUCAAAAUCGUUUGCAAAGCAAAUCCGGGCGCUGUUACGUCUUUCGAAGAUAUUCUUUUUCCGAUUUUCCAAGGGAUUUUGCAGCAGGACAUUCAAGAGUUUAUCCCGUACGUAUUUCAAAUACUGUCUUUAUUGAUGGAAAAUACGCCACAGGGAACAAUCCCGGAGCCCUACAUGCAGCUGUUGCCGUGCCUGUUGGCGCCGAUAUUGUGGGACAGACCUGCCAAUGUUAGUCCAUUGGUUAGACUGCUGACUGCAUUCGCUACUCAAGCUGCUCCACAAAUUGUGGCGCAAGAUAAAUUGAGCGGAUUUUUGGGAGUUUUCCAAAAACUGAUAGCGUCGAAAUCCAACGAUCACGAAGGAUUUUACCUCAUGCAGGGUCUGAUUCAACAUUUACCGAUGGAGGCUCUCGCUCCGUAUCAUAAGCAGAUCUUUUUCCUUCUGUUCCAAAGGCUGUCGUCCAGCAAAACUACUAAAUAUGUGAUAAAUCUGAUAGUAUUCUUUUGUUUGUACAUGGUUAAAUACUCACCGAACGAUCUGGUAUCGUUAAUAGAUGGAAUUCAAACGCAAAUGUUCGGCAUGGUGCUGGAAAAACUACUUAUAGCCGAACUGCAAAAAAUUGCGGGCGAUGUCGAAAGGAAAAUCGUCGCAAUCGGCGUGAUCAAACUGUUAUGCGAAUGUCCCGAAAUGUAUACAGGAACGUACCAAAAAUACUGGCCUCAACUGUUACAGGCCUUGCUCUCUUUCUUCGAAAUGCCGAGAGACGAAACCACGCUACCCGAUGACCAUUUCAUAGAAGUCGACGAUACUCCGACCUUUCAGACGGCCAGCGCUAAACUGAACUUCGCCAAUGGCGUCAAAAACGACCCUCUUCAGGCCAUCACAGAACCGCGCCAAUUCCUGGUCCAAAGUUUGGCAACGCUGGGUGGAUCACAACCAGGCCGUCUGCCUACGUAUAUCAAUAACACGAACGCUCAAACGCAAACUAUUCUGCAAGGAUAUUUGGCCAAGUUCGGAGUCCAACUGGUCUAACUUCUCCGUUACGGGUACCAAACGAAUAUUUUGUUUCAGACUGAAUUGUUUUAACCUUAAUUGUUAUCCGGGUGUCUUUCAGAGUGGAUUUUAGUCGAAUACUGUUUGGAAUAUAACAAAGUUUGAAUUGGAUGUUCUUAGAAUCUAGUUCUGAUGAUUGGUUACGUUUGUUCAAUGUACGCCGCUAAUGAAUCUGAAAAUUAGCUGCCGGGCUGUUAAAAAUUAGAUUCGGAGAACAUAAAUCGUUGUUUUGAAUUGUCGUUUGUUAUUAAAAAUCAAAUGUGUUAUUUUCCGGACGACAACAGAGCUCUGAAAGUAAAACUUGUUAUCCAGUAUCGAUGAGAAGUUUUUUUUAUUUAAUUGUACGUCUUUGUAGCAGUUAAUAAUAAUCUUAUGUCUCAAAAUUAUUUUUUAAUAAUAAACUUUACCCAA